CACCAGUGUGUGAGACCAUCUUCUCUAGAGUCUGGGGCAGGAGGACCCCAAGUGCGCGCUCAUCCUGGGCGAUUUAUUGACGCUGUCUCAAAAAGGAGGGCUGGGGAUGCAGUUCAGGCGUGGAUUGCUACCUUGGCCUGCGCCAGGCUCUGUAUUCAGACCCGGCAUGGGGAAAAAGUGUUUAGAGCCUAAACUCUACAGAUCUAUAAUUGAAGAUGUAAUUGAAGGAGUGCGGGACCUAUUUGCUGAAGAAGGUAUAGAGGAACAUGUUUUAAAGGACUUGAAGCAGCUCUGGGAAACCAAAGUUUUGCAGUCUAAAGCAACAGAAGACUUCCUCAGAAAUAACAUCCAUUCACCUUUGUUCACCCUUCAAUUGCCACACACCUUGCACCAAACAUUGCCAUCAACAGCAUCAUUAGUUAUUCCUGCUGGUAGAACUCUUCCAGGUUUUACCACAGCAGAACUGGGUACCUCAAACUCCAGUGCAAACUUUGCUUUUCCUGGCUAUCCUGUUCAUGUGCCAGCAGGUGUGACAUUACAGACUGCAUCUGGCCACCUUUAUAAAGUUAAUGUACCAAUUAUGGUGACACAGACUUCUGAAAGACCAAGUAUUCUUCAGCAUCCAAUUCAAGUGUUCCAGCAUGUUGGGCAGCCUUCAGUAAUACAGGCCAGUGUUCCACAGUUAAACCCAUGUUCUCUUCAAGCAACUUCUGAAAGACCACAAAGAAUGGAAGCUAUGUUGCAGCAACCCACAAUUCUACAUUCUGGGCCAGUGGAUAGGAAACACUUAGAAAAUGCUACCAGUGAUACAUUUGUACUUCCUGGAAAUGAGCAUGGAAUCCUGUCAGAAGCUUUGUUGAGCCAGCAGGAAAGCCCUCAGUGUGUCUGUGUGUCAGGUGUUGUAUUUCCUUCUCAGGACUCUCCCAUACGUUCCAGCGUGGGGCCAGUACUCGGUGUUCCUGCUCGAGUGACUCAAAAUUUGCUUGAUGGGUCUCUCUCUGAGGGCUCUCCGCGGAUUCUUCAUCAUCAAGUGACUGACACACAACCUCAUCUUCUUAAAUAUUGUAUGUAUGGUGGUGAUUCCAUAAAUCAGCCAAGAGAAAUAGAGGAACCCAGAAGACUACCUGUAUCCAAGAAGAAUUCUAAUUCUCAGGUGGAUUUGAGCAGUCUGUUAACUGAUGAUGAUAUUAAUGAAAUAAUUCAAGUAGAUGGGACCGGUGAUACAUCUUCUAAUGAAGAAAUAAAAAAUAUAAGAGAUGUAGAAGAGAAUGAAUUUCUUGAAAUUAUUGAUGCAGGAAAUCUAAAGGUGCUUGAAGAAGAAGCUGAAAGUAUAUCAAAUGAUUCAGUUGCAAAUAGCAGUGAUAAUGAAAACACUCAACUAGACAUUGUGGAAGAGGACCCUUUAAAUUCUGAAGAUGAUGUCAGUGAGCAGGAUGUGCCAGACCUGUUUGACACAGAUAAUGUAAUUGUCUGUCAGUAUGAUAAGAUUCAUCGAAACAAGAACAAGUGGAAGUUCUAUUUGAAAGAUGGUAUUAUGUGUUUUGAAGGGAGAGACUAUGUAUUUGCAAAAGCCAUUGGUGAUGCAGAGUGGUAAAGCCUAUGAGCUCAGUAUAUCAGUUUUGUGAAUAUCAGUGGACUAUAUCAGUUACAUGUUAUGAAACUUAUUUUUAUCUUAAAUAUAUAGUCCAUCACAAAGCACAGCUCAGCAUUUUAAUUCCCAAUAUCAAAUUUAAUAAAAUUAUAAUUCAGGUG